AUGCCAGGCCUUUUUUCAAGAAGAAAACGUAAUGACUACCAUGGUUUCGCCAAGUACCUGGAUAUCCAGGGUUAUAAUCCCCCUCCAGUGCAACAACCUCGCUCCCAGAGUAUGAACAACGCCUCCCAGGCCGCUUUGGCGGCUUUGUCUAUCCAUAAUAAGAAUGCCCAGGAUAACCAACAUCAACAACAAUACAACCCUUCAUUGCAGGCGUACCAGGCUAGUGGAAGAGCAAACUCCCUUGCAGGAGGUCAUAGAUCCAACUCUAUGCGCUCGUACACUUACAACCCGAAACCUUCGUACCAGACUGGCCCUGCUAACACCAGAAGCUAUUCAUUGAGGUCCAAUUCGCUCAGGGGUGCUCCUCCUGUCAGAUCCAACUCGUUAUCUCAAAGACCUACUCCCGCUGCUGGUAGACAGGCUCCUUCCCAGAGAGCAAACUCCUUGACCGCAAGGCAGCCGCCGGUCGCAAGAUCUGGAUCAUUGACCCGUAGUCCUCUUAGUCAGAGAGCUGGCUCUCUCACCGGUUCCCAUAGAGGACUCAAUUCGAUGCUGGGUUUUAAUGAAGAGGAAGAGGAGUACAAUGAUGACGAUGUGAUUUCUUCUACGAAAACGACAAAGGUUGUUGAUUCCAUGGGUAGAACCUGUUCAAUCACAACUGAAACCAUCAGGACGUUGCCAGACGGCUCCAACGUUGUUGAAACAACCACCAAAAACCUUUCAAGAUCAGGUUCUCGCUCGAAUUCCAUGCGUAAUAACUCAAUGAGCUUGGCCCACUCUAAUGCUAACUAUAAUCUAAACAAGAUCGAAGAGGAUCUUCAGGAUUUUGACUACAACUACUUGGACCAGCCUCCUUCUCAGCCACCUAAGCUCAAUUUAGGUCACCAUGAACCUCAGCAGCUGCCACAAAAACAGCCACAGUCUCUUGGUCCGGCCUUUGAGGGGUCCAGACGCUCUAGUGAUUAUGGUCAACACCCUCCUCCUCCCUCGCAACAACCAUCCCAAUACCCUCAACAACAAGCAGCUCAAGGUCCAAGAGGUCGUCAUGAGGUAUCUGGAUCACCUUCGACGUCUACUUCCCCUCGCUUGAAGUCCAUCUUGAAGCAAAGUCCACAUGUGGCACAUCUCAAUCUGCCUCCCAACCCUGAAGCUGACCGUCUCAAGAACAGUCUUAGCCCUAAUGAAGAAGAUUUCAAAGAUGCUAGUGAGAAAUUGAAUUAUCACAAGAGCCCACCGUUAAAACCAACGGUGGCUUCCAACGCAUCGGGUGGAAAUUCUAUCAAGUUCUUGGAGCAGGUUGAGACUAUUCCAUAUGAGUCCAACAAUCACAAUUACGCUGAAGUACAGCGUGCUGAGGCCCUCAAGCAAGCUAAAGAAAAGCAAGAGGGUAUUAACAUGUACGAGCAGGCUAUGAAGGUUGCCAUGGCAAAGGUUUAUGGAUCCAACGACGGAGGUACUCUGGCUCUCACGCCGCCUCAGUCCCCACAAGUAAACCAGAAUCAAGACAGCAAUGGUCAAUUUGAUAAACUAGUGGACAACAAAAUUAAGAAGGAUCAAAAGAGAGAGAAGGAUGACGGUGGUGUGAGAAGCAAUUAUAUUUACGAGAACCACCACAAAGACUUUGCCAUGCAUUCUCUUCGUGGUGAGGAUGAGCCAGGUCAAACCUCAAGGAAGGAAAGAGCGAAGGAAGAGAAGAAACAACAGAAGGAUGAGGAGAAAAAGAGAAAUGAUCUUCUCAAACAAGCUCAAAAGGAAAAGAAGAAUGUCGAGAAGGAGGAGGCAAAGAGACAUAGAAAGACUUCAAAGAACCCUCUUUCCUUCCUUGGUAUUAAAAUGAGAAGAGGAAGCUCAGGUUCGAUAGCCUCCUCGUCUGCUGGUGGAGUCCGUCAAGAAAAGGGACACGAGGAAGGUCUGCAGUUCUCGUCAGAAUCUGGCAACAGAUUGACUUCUCAGCCAGUUGGAGCAAUUCAAGAAGGUCAAUCUCCUACCCAAGGACCUAAGGAUGAUGAUACUGCUGGACAAGCAAGACUGACGGGUGAUGUUCCUGCUGCAGCUUAUGACUUUCCUCCUAAGGAAACACAACGGUCUGUUGAGCCCCAGGCACAGUCUGUGAAUUACACUGCUCCUAGCGGCCCACAGCAACAGCAGGAGCAGAGUUCUAUCAACACACCCAAGACCCCUGUUGAACCCACGUUUGGUCAAUCAAUUAAUCAAAUUGCUGCUGAUUCUCCUUCAGAAGACGUUUUUACUCAACCCGAGCGUCAUGAUAUCUCCGUUCCUCCUAGAUCUCCCUUGAGAGAUGCACAUGCUGUCGAAAGGGAGAAGCAUUUGAGGUCGCUCUCUGAAGGUAGUAACAUGACUGAUUUCCUUAAUUCUGGACCGGCUGUUCAGCCACCUGCCACAUUAGGUGAGGCUGAUGAGGCAUUCCAUGACUCUAGAGAUGAUUUCAUUGAUGUUCCAGAGGAGUACGGUGGUGAGGAGGCCUUGCAGGCGGAUAAUGGUGCACCUGAUACUUUAAAUGACGAGGAAUCCUUUAAAGUGAUACAUGUUCCUGCUUCUUCACGGGAAGAGGAUAACAUUGUCGAUGAUGCAUCUCCUUCUGCUGCAAAGGCCAAUCCUACUGAGCCUGUGCCCUCUACUGCUGAAGUGCCUGAGCGUUCAACGUCCACUGAGCCCUCAGCUUCCACUGAGCCUUCUAGGGGGGCUAUUUUUGGUAGUGUUUCCCGCAAGAAGGGAGAAGAGACCACACAGGGACAAGUUUCUCAACUGGACCUUCCAACAAUUGUGUCAGGCGAGAAAGGACACCCAGUCGUUUUGGGAAGCAGUGCUCAAGAAGAGCCCACUACUACCUAUAGCACUCUUGAUCCUGGUUCUCCAACCUCAAAUAGGAGACGUGUACCAACUGCCAUAGAUGAUACCGCUACGAUAUCUUCAAGUGAAUCGGCUGUCGAUGUCCCUGUUCCAGAGAAGGAUACAGUCGCCGAACGUGCCCAGGUGAACCCUCAGAUCGCUACAACAAGCGCUGGCGCCUUGGAGCCAGAUGCUGCGGCUGAGACCCGCUUUGAUCCUAAUCAAACAUCUAUUUCUGGAACCACCGAAUCUCAACCUGCUGCUCAUGAGAAGGAAACUACCGAGAAGGAAGCUACCGGAUCAUCUAAUGUCAAUAAUGACCCAUUAGCAGCAGGAGCCAUUGCUAUUGGAACCGCAGGCUUGGAUAAGCAGCAACCUGUUCCAGACUCGCUUGGUGUUAGACAUGCCACUGAAGAAGCUCAGAAAGAGCAGCCCUCUCAUUCCUCUGGAGAGGCUACUGAAGUCUCUGUUCCUUCGCAACAAGAGAAGAACAAGAAGCCCAAGAAGCCAAAGGGCCGCAAGUUCAAGAAAAUGAUCGACAAGUACUUCAUCAGCUCCUACAGUCGCUAA